UUGAUAGUGUAAUUUGUUGCUCCCGGCGAGGGCUAAAAAAUUAAAAAUAGAUUCAAUCCACAUAUCCUACUCAGCGUGAUGGGGCCGCCAUCCAUAUUUUCCCACUUUUCCUGCAAUGAGCAAACCAGCAGGGAAGAAGAAACCGCACCCUCCUCUCUCUGUCACCGAUCUCGUCGCCCCUCCUCUUCGUCUUCUUCCCCAAUUUUUUCUUCCAUUCAUAUGUUCCUUUAUAGAGCGCAACUUUUAGUUUUUCUUCUUUAAUUUUUCAAUCUCUGAUGAGUUUUUUAAAUGGAGGAACUGUGGAUUCUGAUCUCAGCUAUUCAAAUUUUUCUAACCUGUUCUUUGAUUUUCCAUUCCGCGUUUGGUUCCUUAUCCGAUUUUUCGAUUAUUGAUGACAAUCCCAGCAACUCGGAUCUCAUCCGCGGCGAUUACUCCCCGCUGGCGCCUCCUUCGCCUCACCCUCCUUCAAUCACGUGCGACGCUCUGCAAGGAAUUGGGUCCGUCGACACCACGUGCGAGCUCAAUUACAGCUUGAACUUUACAGGGGAUGUGUACAUUGAGGGAAUUGGGAAUUUGAUUGUUCUCCAAGGCGUGGUACUGAAUUGCCCUAUCCUAGGCUGUUCCAUUGAGAUUAACAUCACGGGGGAGUUCAGGUUGGCCUCCAACGCUCAUAUUAUAGCUGGAUCGGUGUAUAUUCUUUCGGGGAACACAACCUUAUUGCGUGGCUCGGAGAUUAAUGCUACGGCAUUGGCAGGUGACCCGCCCCAGAAUUCCAGGGGAACGCCAAAUGGGUUUGAGGGUGGUGGUGGUGGUCAUGGUGGUAGAGGGGCCAGUUGUUUGAUGGAUAAUAAGAAGCUUCCUGAGGAUGUGUGGGGAGGAGAUGCAUAUUCGUGGAAGUCACUACACGAGCCCUUCAGCUUUGGGAGUAAAGGCGGGAGCACGAAUAGGGAUGAUGAUUUUGGAGGGAAAGGGGGUGGAAGGAUAUGGUUGGAGACAAGAGACACUGUAGAUGUUCAAGGUUUUCUUUUGGCUGAUGGUGGAGAUGGGGGGGUCAAAGGGGGAGGCGGCUCCGGGGGGAGUAUUUACAUCAAAUCAAAGAAAAUGCAGUAAAUUGGGACGGCCCAAAAAGAAAAGUGAGAAGAACAUUUUGAGACGGAGGGAGUAUCACAUAAACUUAUUGUGGUCUUCAUAGGAUGUCUUCAUUAACUAUGAGAAAAAGGAGUUAUUAUUUAUGAAGUGGUGGAAUAAGUGCUUCCGGGGGCAAUGGAUUUGGCGGUGGAGGUGGUGGAAGAAUAUCUGUAAAUUCAUUUAGCAGGCAUGAUGACCCUAUAUUCUUUGUUCAUGGGGGGAGAAGUUUUGGCUGUCCUGCAAAUUCAGGUGCUGCUGGGACAUUCUAUGAUGCUGUUCCACGAAGACUAGUAAUCAAUAAUUACAACAUGUCAACGGACACAGAUACCCUUCUCUUAGAUUUUCCUAAUCAGCCACUCUUGACAAAUGUUUAUAUCCUAAAUCAUGCCCACGCAGCUGUUCCCUUACUUUGGAGCCGUGUCCAGGUUCGGGGGCAGCUUAGCUUAUCCAGUGGUGCCGUUUUAACUUUUGGGCUUGUGCAUUGUUCCUUAUCAGAAUUUGAAUUAAUGGCGGAGGAGCUAUUGAUGAGCGACUCAGUAAUCAAGGUCUAUGGGGCUUUGCGGAUGUCUGUGAAAAUCCACUUGAUGCUGAAUUCCAAAAUGCUUAUAGAUGGUGAAGGUGAUGCAAUUGUUGCAACAUCUGUACUUGAGGCUAGCAAUUUAGUUGUUCUCAAGGGAUCAUCCGUUAUACAUUCAAAUGCUAACUUGGGAGUUCAUGGGCAAGGUUCAUUGAACUUAUCAGGACCUGGAGAUCUUAUCGAGGCUCAGCAUUUGGUUUUAUCUCUGUUUUACAGCAUAAAUGUUGGUCCAGGAUCUAUUUUGCGUGGUCCUUUGGAGAAUAUAAGCAUCAAUAGCAUUGAACCACGGCUCUGUGAAGAAAUCCAAGAAUGCCCCAUUGAGUUGCUUCACCCACCUGAAGACUGCAACGUCAAUGGCUCAUUACCCUUUACCCUUCAGAUAUGCCGUGUUGAAGAUGCAUUUAUUGAAGGCUCUAUCGAGGGUUCUGUUGUUCAUUUUCAUUGGGUUAGAGCAGUACUUGUAAAGCCUUCUGGAACAAUAAGUGUUUCUGGUUUAGGUUGCAUUGGAGGGUUGGGCAGUGGUAAACUCUUUCCCAAUGGUGUUAGUGGUGGUGCUGGGCAUGGUGGCAGAGGUGGUGAUGCAUAUUACAAUGGGACCUAUAUGGGAGGUGGUCAUACAUACGGUGAUGCUGAUUUGCCAUGUGAACUUGGUAGUGGAAGUGGAAAUUCUAGUGUACCAGGUGCUACUGCUGGGGGUGGAAUACUUGUAAUGGGAUCAUUGGAGCACUCCUUAUCAAGCUUGUCAGUGUAUGGUUCAAUUCAAGCCAAUGGAGAAAGCUUUGGAAAAUUUAUUAGAAAGGAUGGCAGUAUGGUUGUCUCGGAAGUAGGUCCUGGGGGUGGGUCUGGUGGAACAGUUCUUCUAUUCAUUCACUCUUUGGUACAAGGCAAUUUUUCUACUAUCUCAGCAAUUGGAGGUCAUGGUAGUUCUAAUGGUGGCGGUGGAGGUGGAGGAAGAAUUCACUUUCACUGGUCAGAGAUUUCUGUUGGAGAUGAGUACGUAGCGGUAGCAAAUGUGAAAGGAACUAUUACAGAGAGUGGAGGAAUCGGUAGAGAUCUCGGGAAAGCGGGAGAAAAUGGAACUAUUAGUGGUAAAGCCUGCCCAGAAGGGCUUUAUGGGAUAUUUUGUCAGGAAUGCCCAAUCGGAACAUACAAGAAUGAGAGUGGAUCUGAUAGAUCCCUUUGUCGUAAGUGUGAAUCUCACGAGCUUCCUCAUCGUGCAGUGUAUGUUCUUGUUCGAGGUGGUGUAGCCAAUACUCCCUGUCCAUACAAGUGCAUUUCAGACAGAUAUCACAUGCCACAUUGUUUCACUGCACUUGAAGAACUGAUUUACACUUUUGGGGGACCAUGGCGGUUUGGUUUGAUUCUUUUUAGUCUUCUUGUACUGUUAGCCCUUGUUCUCAGUGUUGCUCGUGUGAAGUUUAUUAGUUCCGAUGAACUACCUGGCCCAGUUCCAGCUCGCCGUGGAUCUCCAAUUGACCGAUCAUUCCCAUUCUUGGAAUCGUUGAAUGAGGUGUUGGAAACCAAUAGAACUGAGGAAUCCAGUUCACAUGUUCACAGGAUGUAUCUUUUGGGUGCCAACACUUUUAGUGAUCCCUGGCAUCUUCCUCAUUCUCCUCCUAAAGAAGUCACAGAAAUUGUGUAUGAGGAUGCGUUUAACAUAUUUGUGGAUGAAGUUAAUGAUUUGGCUUCUUAUGAGUGGUGGGAAGGAUCAGUCUAUAGCAUUCUUUCUAUUUCUGGGUACCCACUGGCAUGGUCAUGGUUGCAGUGGCGCCGGAAGAAGAAAAUUCAACGCCUCCGUGACUUUGUUAGAUCAGAAUAUGAUCAUGCUUGUUUGCGCUCCUGCCGUUCUCGUGCACUCUACGAGGGUCUCAAAGUGUCCGCUACUUCAGAUCUUAUGCUUUCAUAUGUAGACUUUUUCCUUGGCGGAGAUGAGAAGCGAACAGACAUGCCUCCCCGCCUUCAUCAACGGUUUCCAUUGUCUGUAGUCUUUGGAGGAAAUGGAUCAUACAUGGCUCCUUUCUAUCUCCACAGUGAUAACAUACUAACUAGCCUACUGAGUCAGUCAGUUCCACCAACACUAUGGUACCGUCUGGUGGCUGGUCUGAAUGCUCGACUUCGUUUAGUUCGCUGUGGACAUCUAAGAGCUACCCUUUCCCCAAUUAUUAAUUGGCUUGAGACUCAUGCGAAUCCUUCAUUACGUGCACAUGGCAUACACAUUGAUCUAACCCGCUUCCACCCCUCAGCGAGUGGAUAUCAUCAAUUUGGACUUCUGCUAUGCGCUGUGGAAAAUGAUCUUGCACCGUCAUCCAUCGACUCCCCGAGAAAAUCUCUCACGAAUGAAAAACAACCACGGUUGCCCGGUACACGUUGGAGAAGAGCAUUUGAUCUUGUUCGAGUUAAUGAGCAUGUUCUAACACAAAAGAGGAUACUUCCGGGAGAAAUUUUGAACUCUAGGAACAUGAAGGCACUUAAAGAGAGAUUCACUGUCAGUUAUCUCUCUUAUUAUAUAGUGUGCAAUACUAAACCUAUUGGCCAUCAGGAUCUUGUUGGUUUGGUCAUCUCAAUACUCCUCUUAGGAGAUUUUAGCUUGGUCUUAUUAACAUUACUUCAGUUGUAUUCUAUCUCAUUACUGGAUGUGGUUCUGGUCUUGUCUAUUAUUCCACUCGGCAUACUUCUGCCUUUUCCAGCAGGAAUUAAUGCAUUGUUCAGUCAUGGGCCUAGACGUUCAGCAGGUCUUGCUCGAGUUUAUGCUCUAUGGAAUAUAAUCUCUAUCAUCAAUGUCGUGGUCACAUUCUUAUGCGGAUUUGUUCAUUUUGAAAGCCAGUCGUCAUCAGCAACGAAAAAGCUUUUAAACAUCCAAUCCUGGAAUUUUAGCAAGGAUGAAACUGGAUGGUGGAUGCUGCCAUUGGGGCUUGGUCUAAUUAAAACCGCUCAAGCUAAACUUAUUAACUACCAUGUGGCUAACCUUGAGAUACAGGACCGCACGUUGUACAGUAAUGAUCCUGAUGUGUUCUGGCGCUCAUGAAUGGCCGUUCAAUGACCACAUCAAGAUUUUCAAAUGACACCUAGUAUAUAUUCUUUGUUCGCUCUUCCUAGCUGAGCUUAUUUGUUCUUCCUAGCUGAGCUUAUUCGUUGAGGUAGGUCAGGCGGGGUAGGAUAUAUUGAUAUAAUGAGGUUCUGACUGGGGCCAUUUUAAGUUACCCAGUCAUUAAUACUCAUUAUAAAUUGAGCGAACUUACCUUUGCCAAGACAUUUCCAGAAAUAUUUUCUCACAUAUGUGAAAUGCGACUUGUUUUAUCAUUGACCAA